AACACAUGAGUUAGUUCUACUGAUUAGAAUUCUGUUAGAUUUUUGAAAUUAUUGUUUCAAGGAUUUAUUCUUCAAUAUUUUCUCAUACUUUCAACAUAGUAAGGUUUAUACAGAAAAAUAUAACGGACUAUAUAUCAAUCGAUUUAGGAUAAUGGAUACGUUAACAGUGGAAACAAAAAAAGGAAAUCCAAAUUCGUGGACCCGAUUUCAACAAUAUUUUAAUGAUUACUGCGAACAUUCUAGUAUUAUUGGAUUUAAUUAUUUGGCUGAGAAACGAUCGAAAGGAGAAAGAAUAUUAUGGAUCAUAUUAAUCAUCAUAGCGACAUCAUUAUCGAUCUAUUUCAUAAAGGAACAAUAUGAUAAAUAUGACGAAAAUCCAUUUAUCGUCAGUUUAGCAACAAGAGAGACGCCGAUUUUUGAAAUACCAUUUCCAGCUGUUACAAUAUGUCCUUUUACCAAAGUAGGUAGAGCUCUAUUUAAUUACACGGAAGUUAUUCAUCGACUUUGGGAUAAUAUCUCUAUUUCUGAUUAUGAGACCCAAACUGCGCAAUAUAUGACUAUGGUGUGUGAUGAAGAAAACAUGGAUGAUGUUGAAGAUUAUAUUCCGGAUAUUUUACAUUUCAAUGAAACAUUUUACGAGAGGCUUCAAGAGUUAGAUCCUACAGAGACUUUGAUGGAAUCUUCUACUUGCAAAUUUAUGGGAGAGGAGUUUGAAUGCUUGGACAAUUUUUCGCCAAUAAUAUUGGAUGGAGGGAUAUGCUAUACUUUCAAUAUGUUGAACAGAGACGAAAUUUUCAAACCUCAUGUAUUUCAAUAUGAGAAUUUCCAUACCAGUAAAUUUACCACCGACUGGACUAAUGAUGAUGGGUAUCCUAAAGGGUCUGGUCAAAAAACAUAUCCAAAAAGAGCUUUACAAGCAGGCGCCGACAAUUCCUUUGAACUUACAUUAUUAGCAUUUAUUGAUGAUAUAGACUAUCUUUGUUCAACUGAUAUUGGAUAUAGUAUUACAGUCCACACACCAAAUGAUGUCCCUAUUACUAAAAAGGACUACUUUAUAUUACCUUUGGGAAGCACAACGAGAGUCAUAGUUACACCGAACAUAAUGUCAACAUCAGCUACAGUUAAAGCAUAUAAGACAGAAGCUAGAAAGUGUUACUUUUCCGAUGAAAGAUAUUUGCAGUAUUUCACAUCUUAUACCCAAGGAAAUUGUUUUCUGGAAUGUUUAACGAAUUAUACGUUACAGAAGUGCGGAUGCGUUAAUUUUUAUAUGCCUCAUACUAAAGAUACACCAAUCUGUGGUAAUUAUCAGAGAAAUUGUUCACAAGAUGCGGAUAGGGAGCUCCAAACAUUGGAAUUGGAUAUUGAAAUGGGUUUGAGAGAAAACUCACAAAGUUGUAGUUGUUAUCCUCUCUGCAGUCAACUUAUUUAUCAAACAACUACUACCAGAACUCAAUGGGGAUGGAGAGAAUUUAUGAAAGCAAAUAAAAAGUUUAAAAGGGAUUUAAAUAUGUCAGAUGAUGUUCUCUACCAAUUCGAAUUUUCAAGAUUGAAAAUUUACUUCAAAGACGAUAAAUUCUUCUCGUAUGAAAAAAGCGAAAUGUAUGGUUUAUUUGAUUUUAUAUCUAAUUUCGGAGGACUAUUAGGUCUAUUUACAGGAUUCUCUCUCCUAACUGUAGCUGAAAUCAUUUAUUUUAUGUCUGUUCGUAUGUGGUGCAACAAAAAACUUUACAAUGACAUAUCUGGUCCUCCUGAAAGAAGCUGAAUAUGAGAAAAAAUAAUUAUGGAAGCCAGUAGAAAAUUUCAAACUCUCAACAGACAUAAGAUGCAAUUUGAUAAUCUUCAGUUUAACAUUUAGAGCCUCAAAAAUGUAAUAAAAUUAAUGUUAAUAUAUUUUUCAGCAUCGAA